AUGCGUGCUCUCGCCAUCAUCUCUAGUCUGCUGGUGGGGCUCAUGCAAUGGCUGACUGCACAGGAGUCCGUGUACUGGAGCUGCCUCCAAGAAAACGAGACGCUAAUGCGUCCGCUCCCGAUUUGGCGAAGCCUCUGCACGGACAUGGUGGCUGCGGCAGCCAGGAGCAAAGAUGCCGUGGAAGCCCAAGUGGAAGAGCUGUGCAAGCUCUGCUGGGCUUCAGCCUUGGAGGCGGUGGAGUGCCACACGCUACUCAUCGCUGCCAGAGCAGAGGUAGACCACUUAAAGCGCCGGCUAUCGCGAUGCAGCCUAGCCAAGACAAAGCAGCUGGUCUUCCCCGAGGAUGAUCUUUCGGGUGCCAGCAGGCCCUGCUUCGACGGUCCUAGCUUCCUGGAUCAGGAUCAAGGGGAUCUGGUCUUCAACGCUGUUUGGGAUGAGUUCCAGGAUGACGGGACUCCUCCAGGUAGUGAGAUCCCUGUGCUGCUCGACACCGGUAUGAACACGGAGGAGACCGCGGAAGACGUGGUGAGUUUGCAGCGGAGCUGCGAGGAACUGCAAUCGCGGCUCUCCACCACUGAGGUGGAGGCAGCUCGACUUCAGGGCGACGUCACCCACCUCGAGGAGCAGCUCUGCGAAGCGGUGGAGGAGACUCGCACCGCGAAGGGGCACCUCACGGAGGCCCUGGAGCAGCUCACCGAGGCCCAGAGCUCGGAGGCCCUGCUUCAAGGAGCUUACGAGAAGCUUCAAGAGGAGCACGAGCUUGAGAUCAAGCUCCACGAAGACACGAGACACGAGGUGUCCCGGCUUCAGUCGGAGGUGAUGCGUUAUAGGUCUGCAGACAUCGCGUCGCAGGAGAAAAAGGCUUUUCACAGCCGCCGUCCUUCGAGAAGGCCUCUCAAUGACAGUAGGCCACCCUCGUCGCCGCUGCCACUGCUUGCCGGCUCCUCCGUUAGCUUUUCCGAUGCAGCUGCAGCACUGCGCGAGGUGGAGUCCCCAGGAUUCGCGCUCCCCAACCGCCGCAAGGCAAUGCAGGUCUCAACCUCCUUGCCGUCUUUGCAGCGGAGCGGUGCCGAAUCUCAAGGCCAGAGCUCCCUGCUUUCAGCUCCGCGCAGCAAGAGGCCAUUCGUGCUCUGA